AUGGUCAACGGGCAGCUGGCCGAGUCAGGCCAGUCGCUGGCCCUGACCCCCAGUCUACAGCAGGGGCUCACGGCCAUCACGACAAUGGCCUUUGUCUCCUUCUUCUCGUCGAGCGUCCUGUUCCUCUACCUCACCUACAAGCUGACCUGGCACUACGUGAAGAGGCCCCGCCCACGAGGCGAGGGCCACGUCGUCGCCAGUGAGCAGAACGGCAAGUCGUUCCAGCGGAGGGUCGACUUUGCGCUGGGCAUCGACACCAUCUUCACCGACGGGGAGGGGGACGCGCAGCAGACACGGGAGCGCAGCUCCGGGGACAAGGAUCGCAAGAGCAGCAGCAACGACGACGACGGCGACGCGGAGCGUCGGCAGUCCCUGCGGCGCAGGACGACCGCGGCCACCACCGCCGCCGCCCCCAAGCGGCAGCCGCCCAACCAGUUCCUCAUCCUCAUCUUCAACCUCCUCAUGGCCGACAUGCACCAGGGCGUGGCCUUUUUCCUCAACGCCGAGUGGCUCCGGUACGACGAGGUCCGCGUCGGCACGCCCACCUGCUUCACCCAGGGCCUCUUUGUCUCGACGGGCGACCUGGCCUCGAGCUGCUUCAUCACCCUCAUCGCCGUGCACACCUACCUCUCCGUCGUCCGGCGCUACAAGAUGCCGCACCGCCUGCUGUACAUUGUCAUCGCCGCGACCUGGCUCUUUGUCUACGCCAUCUCCGUCAUCCCCGUCCUCGCCACCGCCAACGGCGCCCACUACGGCGGCUUCUUUGUCCGCGCCGGCGCCUGGUGCUGGAUGAACAUUGCCUACUCCAACAUGCGCCUCCUCACCCACUACCUCUUCAUCUUCAUCGCCAUCGCCGUCACAUCGGGCCUCUACACCACAAUAUUCAUCCACAUCCGCCGCGAGGAGGCGCGCGCCCACGGCGCCGCCGUCACCGACCGCACCCGCACCGUCGAGCGCCCCUCGUCCCAGCUCAACCUCGCCCACAACCCGGCCUUCCUCAUCUACCCCGUCAUCUACGUCCUCUGCACCGCCCCGCUCGCCCUCGGCCGCAUCGCCAGCAUGGCCGGCGCCGACGUGCCCCUCGGCUACAUGUGCUUCGCCGGCGCCAUGAUUGCCUCCAACGGCAUGUUUGACUGCAUGCUCUUUGGCACCACCCGCAACGUCAUUGUCUUUGCCAGCAAGCACGACGUCGACAGCGCCGACACGGGCCUCGCCACUUUCCGCUUCAUGCAGGCCGCCCAGCAGCGCUCCUUUGGCAACAUGGUCUGGGUCCAGGGCGGAAAACCCCAUGGCGCCGGCGCCGGCGGGCAUGCCGAGGACAAGACCACCGGCGGCUGGUGGUCAUGGCAGCGUCUGGGGGGUGGCUCCGACACGGAGAGGACGGCGCGGGGCGACCGUCGACCGGCGGGCACGCGGAGCGUCAGUCAGGAGUCUCUUCGGGGCACCGCCGCCAUCCAGAUGGACACGGUCACGUCUGUCGUCGUCGAGAUGGAACACGGCAAGGAUCGGGAUCAGCGAUACCCAGACCCCUCGGGGAGUACGAGCCCCUCUGUCAACAGUACGGAAAAGGACUACGGGCGUAUAUAG